CCCCUGGCGCUACCGAAAUCGUCAUCUCCGCCGCCGGCAGCCCCGCCUCCCACCCACCCCCGGAGUCGUCCCCAAUCACCUCCCGCGUCUCCUCUCUCACCGCGGGCGCCUAGGUCCGAGCGGUCUCCCCCGCCUCCUUCCUCGCCGUGACACGCCAGCAGCAGGAACGCCGCAGCCGACGGCCGGCGACGGGGGCGCGGCCGCAAAGGGCUCGUCGGGGGUCAGGAGGUGUUCGCGGGCUCGGCGACAACCUGUCGUCAUCGUUGCAUGAUCCAGAUAUUUUCGAGGAUAGCAGCAAGAAGCCCUCGCCGAGCCACCUCCGCAUCGCAUCCGAGUAGCUCGAAGCAUCGUCCGGGACAGUUCCCUUGUUGUAGCCCAGCUUACCGAGGUAUUACUGCUAUUAGCACCAGCAAUCCCAUGAGGUCGGGUGAUGGAAACUCGGAAGGCCAGGAUGCGCCACUCGCCGAGGGGAAGGACCACGGCUGCUCCCCGGGUGUCCAGUCCACACCGGACAUCGAGAAGAAGUACGUGCACCGCGUCUACGAUGCCAUAGCCCCUCACUUCAGCUCCACGCGGUUCGCCAAGUGGCCCAAGGUCGCGGGGUUCCUGAACUCGCUGAGGCCAGGGUCCGUCGUGCUGGAUGCCGGCUGCGGCAAUGGCAAGUACCUGGGCUUCAAUCCCGAGUGCUUCUACAUAGGCUGCGAUAUAAGCCCGCCGCUUAUAGAGAUAUGCGCGGGGAGGGGGCACGAGGUGUUCGUCGCCGAUGCCGUCAACCUCCCGUACAGGGAAAACGUUGCCGACGCCGCGAUUUCGAUAGCGGUGUUGCAUCAUCUCAGUACCGAGGACAGGCGGAGGAAAGCCAUAGAGGAGUUGAUCCGUGUUGUCAAGAGGGGUGGUCUUGUGCUGAUCACUGUUUGGGCCGUGGAGCAGGAAGACAAGUCGCUUCUUAACAAGUGGACUCCUUUAUGCGACAAGUAUAAUGAAGAGUGGGUUGAUCCCAGCAGUCCUAUGGUGCGUAACAAAUCUGCUACUACGCUAGAUAGCAUUGAAGAGACUGAUGAAGACACGCGAGCCGUUAAGCAAACAGAUGAUCAGCUGAAAAAUAGUUAUGAUGGUUUGGAGGAUAAGACCUUAAUUAUGGAUGAGCAUGACAAAACCCAGCAGGAGUACUUUGUUCCUUGGCAUCUACCAUUUCACCGAGCAGAAAUUGGCGGCGCAUCUGCUGCUGCUCUACAGAAUGGAUUGGCAAAGAAAGAUGAUAAGAAGGGUACUGUGGUCUACAACCGCUAUUAUCACAUUUUUGUCGAAGGAGAACUUCAAAGGCUAGUUGCUGGCAUGAAAAAUGCAGCCAUCGUCGACCAAUUCUACGACAAAUCCAACUGGUGCAUAGUUCUGGAGAAGCUUUGAGCCGCAGACGAAGCGAUGGCAGAGAAUGUGUCCGAGCCUGGACCCUCGUGUCUCGUAGGACCAUCAGCCGCUAGUGCAUUCGGCGAGGGCGCAAUUUCGAGCCCGGAGGUCAGACACAAGCAACAAUCUUGCACAAGCUGUGUGCUGCUGUCUUGCAAACUGUGGAAACUCGUGAAUCAGAAUGGAUUGCUUGUACUAUUUUUGGUCUAUUGCAUGAUGGAACAUUUUUUACAAUCAGUGAACAUUGUCACUAGUUUUCAGUCA